ACAGGGUUGUUUCUGCUUACAGUCUUCGUCUACCUCGCUCUGCCUUAGUUGCUGUAAGGACUAAUAAGAAGCACUUGCUACACUUGCUCGAGCUGCUUUGCUUCGUAGCUGCAACUGUGUAACAGCAAAGAAACAUGAAAAUGAAUGACAUAGUGGGAUACAGGUUUAAUCCAACUGACAUAGAAAUCAUAGACCAUUAUCUGAGACUGAAGCUGCUCGGCGAUGUUCAUCGAGUGCGGGCAAUAAGCGAGGUCAAUGUUUUCAAGCACGAGCCAUGGGAUUUAAGCGGGCUUUCUGCAAUCCAGUCAGAUUCGAUGUGGCAUUUCUUCUGUCGGAAGGAUUUCAAGUACGCGAGUGGUGAAAGAGUGAACAGGACAACAGAUGCUGGAUACUGGAAAAAAACUGGUAAUGAUCGGAAAAUAAGGAAAGGGAUUACUAAACAAGUGAUCGGUGCCAAGAAGAAUUUGGUUUUCUACACGGGCCGUAGUCCUAAUGGGAAGAAAACCAACUGGGUAAUGCACGAGUUUCAUCCCACUUUUGUCCCUUCCGGCGAGAGGACGUUUGUUCUUUGUCGCUUAGAGAAAAAAGAAGGUGAGGAGAAUGAUGGUACACCCGGUGUUGGACACGAACCAAGUAGCGAUGCCCCUGCUGGAAGCAGAGAUCAUGUUGGGGAUAAUACGGUUGCUGCUCCAGAGGUGAUAGGGAACACUUCUUUGCAGACUCUUGUGACUGAAAAUGGAGAAUGUGUUGUGGACGACACAGUUUUUAGUCCAGAGGUGAUAAGGAAUGCUUCUCAGCGGACACUUCCUACUGAAAAUGGAAAUUGUGUUUUGGAGAACAAAGUUUCUUCUCCAGAGGGGAAUAAUUCAAUAGAAAUGGCUAUCAAAUAUUUGGCUUCCGUACCACUGGAGCUACUGGAUACCAUUCUCCCCCCUGCAUCUGAAUUUCAGGUGCAGCAGGAGGCCGUGGCAGCCAACAACAUUCAAGCUGAAAAUUGCUUUGCUAAUAACCGUGAAGGAGCUCUUUUUAAUUCUUUUGUUAACAUUGAAGCUGAUGAUGAUAGCGACUUAUUUCUUCGUGGUCUUGAAUAUGUCAACCAUGGAGAAAUAGAAACUCAAGUAGACCCAUUCGUUACGGGCGAUGACAGCAUCAUUGAUCAUAGAACAAAUGGUGCAUUGAGUGGUGGUGGUCGCAGCAUUGAUCAGAGUACAAAGCCAUUCAGUUCAAUUGGCGAUGGUUAUCGGAGCAUUGAUCAGAGAACAGAGCCAUUCACUUCAUGUAGAGGUGGUUUUCGCAGCAUUGAUCAGAGAACAAACCCAUCCGAUGAAUUUAGGGGCGAUUGGUGCAUGAUUGAUCAGAGAACACAGGAUUCCCCAGUGACUGAAAUAAUUGACCAGCAUAGGAGCAGAGCGAGUGUUUCUACUUAUGAAAAACCACUAGCUCCUCCGCUAUGUUCUACUUCGUUGCCCAUUAGGUUACCGGGUUGUACGGUUUUCUCGGAUGAAAUUCUAGAAAUUAAAGCUCUUACAAUAUGUGAAAGUUCUGAUGGCUCCCAAGAUAGCCCAAAAUCUCUCUCAGAUGCUGCAGCUUCACCAGCCACAGAAAAAAGUGUCCCAAGGGAACUGAAAUCUUCACGUGACAGUGACAUCAAUGUUUUUCCACUGGUUGAAAAUUCCAAUGACUCUCAACAUAGCGCAAUAUCUCGCGUCAGUGCUACAGCUUCACAAGCUGCAAAGGGAAGUGUCCAUAUGCAACAAAAAUCAUAUGCAAUACCUCGCUUUGUUGCGGCAUCUUCACCAGCUACCAAGAAAGGUGACAAGAUGGGAGGAAAAUCUUCUAGUUCACCAGCUACUGAGAAAAGAGUUGAUACGGAACAAAGCUAUUCCCGCAGGAUCAAUGAUCUUCCGCUGGUCAAAAGUUGUUCUUAUGACUCUCUAGAUAGCUCAAGAUCGCUCUUUGUCGCCGCAGCUUCACCAGCUACUAAGAAAAGAGUGAGUGUGGUACAAAAAUCUUCUCAUGGGAUCAAUGUUCUUCCAAUGAUCAAAAGUGCCGAUGGCUCUGGAGGGAGCCAAAGAACUUUUGUUGCUGCCGCAUCUUCUCCAGCUAAGAAGAGUGUGUAUAUGCAACAAAAAUCUUCACCCAAAUCAACGUCCAAAUAUACUAAAAAAGGAUCAACGACAGCUUCACCAGCUAGGAAAAGUGUGUAUACGCAACGGAAAUCUUCAUCGAGAACAUGGUCCGAAGAUACUACAGAAGGAUCAAGCAGCAGCAGCAGUGACUCAAUGAUCUCUUUACUGAGAGAACUUAAAGGGAAGAGUGUGUAUAUGCAACAAAAAUCUUCACCCAAAUCAACGUCAAAAGAUAAUACUAAAAAAGGAUCAACGACAGCUUCACCAGCUAAGAAAAGUCUCUAUACACAACGGAAAUCUUCAUUAGAAACAUGGUCCCAAGAUACCACAAAAGAAGCGAAAGAAUCAAGCAGUGACGGUGAUGAAACAUGGUCCGAAGAUGCUACAGAAGAAUCAAGCAGCAGUAGCAGUGACUCAAUGACCUCAAUACUGAGAGGACUUGAAGGGGUGAAGUUAGCUUGACAUUCUUUUUGCUCUGGGGGACCAAAAAAACAGAAGUGCAGAAUUAUCACCUUGGAAAUGAAUUCUGUUCUGACAUGGAAUUAAGCAGAAAAACUUGAAAGUGGUUUGAGAAGUCUAGAUGAUUAGUGAAACUGGCAAUGAUGUUUUAUUUUCCUGUACAGACCUCUAUUUUGUAAUUAUUGGCUUGUUUCUUAUAUGCUUGUAUGCUAUGCAAGUGUGGUUUCGAACUA